CACAAUUUCAAUUGAAGUUAACCACUAGCCUGUCGCUUUCUUUUGGCUUCCAUCGGUCUGCAGCUAACACUGAGCAAGCGACUAACUUUGAGCAGUGCGCAUUUUAGAGCGUAUGGACAAAACUCAGGUAGAAAUAUUUGCGCAUAAGGGGAAUACUUCUAUGGACGAAAAUGGAUUACACUAAACGUUUUUUAUGGCUUUCCGGCAUUUUAUUGGGUCCAAUUCUACUUGCAGCCUUGACGUUACAAGAUGCCGCCAGUCCAGUAUUUCAAAAUCACAAAACGAAAGAGUGGACGAAUUUAGAUAAUAUCACAUUCUCUUUUGAUUGCACGCAUCGACCGGUUGGCUUCUACGCCGACAUGGAGUACAAUUGUCAGAUCUUCCACAUGUGCGAUGAAGAGGGUAAUCGCAUACCGCAUUUAUGCGCCAACGAGACUUCUUUCAAUCAGGAGUAUCGCAUCUGUGAUUGGGAUUACAAUUUUAAUUGUACAGAGUCACCGAAAUGGUUUUAUCUGAACGAGCUGACGUAUGCCACAGAACCACCUGACGAGGAUGAAGAUUAUUGAAACGCAACCUAUCCACUUCGAAGCGCCCUAAACAUCUGCGCGUCUCAAGUUCACGCUAAGUGACCUUACUGACAAGUAAUUAGUUAAGUGCAAUCGUAUUUAUGUUAUUGUAAUUAGUUAUAAUUUGCUAUAGCGUAAAUAUCCUAAAAUAUUUCUAAAUAUAUAAACUUAAUUAAUGAGAUUCGAAAUCAGUCGAUUUCAUUUAAACAAAUUUAGUAAAUUUGUAAAUUACUGAAAUGCUAGCGCUAACGUGUUUUUUUUUCACUUAUAUGUAUGUAUGUUUGUAUAUUUGUUAUGUACGCAAAUAUGAAUAUUCAUAUACAUACCUAUGUAUGCAUAUUAACAUAUGUAUGUAUGUAAUUGCCUGUAAAUGCACACGUAAAAGGCGUGGCAAUAAUUGUACAAUAAUUUAUGUAGUUGAUUUAGUGACGAUGUUGUUAUUCAAUUGUAAAUAUUUGUAUACGGAGUUUUUAUGUUAUAUUUAAAAUGUGUCAAUCAAAAAAGAUAGAAGCGAAUAAUAAAAUAUUGUAAACAGUUGAAUUAAUUGGGACUAUUAGAAAUAGUAAACAUAUCAAUUAUUUCUUUCAAGUGGCUACAUCAAAUAUCUGGAAGAGUUGGCGGAGGGGUUCACUUGAAAUAUCUAAAAACGCUUACUUCAUUUUUUUUGUUUUUGUGAUGACGGUUUUGAUUGAUUGAGCCGUUUGUGUAAGUGUAAUUUAUUUUAUAUGGAGAUAUUUGAGGAUUUGCAUUUGAAUAUUUUGAAAAAUAUGGA